CGUGAACAGCGCAAACCCAAACAGGCACAGUGCCGCCCCAAGGUCCUGUACUCCACCGCCGCAAUGCAGUCGUAGCGGCGAAACCGCAGAGAGGCAAAAUAAGAGAAAAUUCAAAAGUCUAGCGAGACCAGGGUUGAUAACUGUGCGCCUCUGGGUCACUGCUGCCCUGCCGUCCGGCUCUUCCACUGGCUGACCGGGCCCUCCAAUAGCCCAACGGAGGGGGUCAAUGUGUGCUGCUAGUCGCAUCGCAGGCGUCCAGGAUCAGUUGCUCAAGCACCAUCCGGCCGGGCCUCCAUUCUCUGCGGUUCCCGGGGCCUCGUCAACCACUUAUUACGCCUCUGGAUCCGCUUUGCUCGAGCGUCGUUGUUGUCUGGGUUUUGUUUGCACCGGCUCGCUGCUAGGAGAGAAGGCUUCUGACUCUGCCCCUCUUCUUACUUAUCCUCUUCUUAUCCUCUCCUCUCCUCCCUUCCUCCACAGCUUGCAGUGUUUGAUAUCUCCUCCUCCUUCUUCUCCCCUCCUCCUCCUCCUCCUCCUCCUCUUCUUCAUCUUGCGGCCUCGCCGUUUGUGCUGGCUGGGUUGUUCCUCUCGUUUCACCAUUGCGGCUGCUACCCUCGCUCCACCCCAGGCUCUUAGUCACCUUCAAUUUCGAGAGAGAUCCAGAACGCCUGCGCCGGAACCCACAGCCACGGACCUCGUCUUUCGGCAUCUCCUGUCAUCAAUCAGUCACCUGGCCGCCGAAUAAUUUGCCUCGGUCCUUGUCGAUCUGCGGCAUCGCCUGUUCUGGUUCUGGUUCUUGUUCUUUUCGUCUUCCGCAAUUGCUUCUGCUAGGCCCCGGCAAAAUUCGCCCGAUUCCUAAUUCUACUUGGCCAGGCACGGAACCGGCUGUGUGUUUUGCGUGUUUUGUGUGGGUGCGCAGGUGACCUGAAAAUCGGCUGCCACGACCGACCGAACC